GUCAAAACAUUCCUUGUUAGUUGUUAUAUUGUUCUAGGGCAAAUCCUAUAUGCCUUCUCAGAAGAACCAGCGGAAGAAAAAUCGCCGUUUCGAACAGAAAAGGAAUGAGAUCUCAUACGAGGCGAGAUUUGAGCUUGUUCGAAAAAUUGCGGAGAAAUGGGGAAAGGAGUUGAAAGUAAAUCGCACUGGGCCCACAGAUGGCGGAGCUGAGCAAUUCACUAUACUUCUUGCUUUUGGUGACAUUCCUUAUAUAGUUCUUGGCGCCAAAGGUGUUGGAAGGAGUGCCAUAGAAGCAGACUCCAAUAGCGCAUGGAAUUUGCUGUCGUUCUUUCAAGGCUUUCUUAGCCGGUCUACUAUGCAAACUUUGCGGAAAAAAUGGGCCGCUGCUGAAACAGAAAUUGGCGAGAUCGUACAGAUUUGUCGCUUAAUCGAGGAUGCUGUGAAUACUGAACAGUAUAAUCAACUUCGAACGGUACCAAUUCUCGACGCGAAUCCUCCGGAGAAAUCGUGGGCUCGACAGCUUCGUCUGGAACUGCGCAGCUUGUAUGCAAAGAAGCAGCUUCAAAGUAUGGCGGGAAAGACAACUUCUCAAGCAGCUACGAGCACCAUAUUUACGCAACAAGCACAGCUGAAGACCUUGAAGAGAAAGCUGUCUACUGUUACUAGUGACGCGGAUUCGGGUGUACCUGUAACUAAAAAGAACAAAGCCUGUCAAGCGGUAGGAAAUGGCUACAUCGAAACAGAUUGGGCAGAUGAAUAUGAUGAGGAUGGAUUGCACUUUACUUACAUAUCUCCUCUUUCUACUUCAAAUUCGUCUUCACCUAGUACGUUGUGCCUGGACGAUGAUGAUGAUGUAGAAAAUGCAUGCCAAGCUUCAACUUCUGUCACUUCAAAGGUGGAAGACUCCAAGCCAUCCUUGAACAUCUCCAGUACAUCAACCGCAUCUGUCGUCAACACUUCAGUACGUGGAGUACCCGAGCUGGUUUCUCGAGGUGCUGUUUUACAUUCAGAGAAAGACCUGACUUCACCUUCACGUUUUGAGCAAGAUUUGAUAGGAGUGCAUUUUAAUCCGGCUGCGGCACCUCUUCCCAAUCUGAUCCGACAGUACAGGGAAAAAUAUCUAAACGAGUUCAAGCUUUUAGACGAUGAAAUAUGGAAACAUUAUGAACUUAACAGACAGACUGAGGAAGUCUAUCAAUGGAAAAUGGAAGUCCGAAAUAUCCUCUUGGCCGAGUUUCGGCCGGCUUUUCCUUACCAAGCCAUCGAGUUGUUUGCUGUAGGAUCUACUGUGAAUGGUUGUGGAAGUUACAACUCAGAUAUGGAUUUAUGCCUUUGUAUACCCAUGGGUCCUGAGAACCUCUACUCCUCUGAAAGGAUGGCAGCGGUCAAAAUUCUACGUAGACUCAACACAAUCAUCAAAGGCAAACCCUCACUGCGCAAAAUAGUGAGAAGAAGCGAGGUUAUUCCAGCUAAGGUACCUAUCAUAAAAAUGACUUUGCAUCCACCAUACGAGGAGUUGGAUUUGGAUGUAAACAUUAACAAUACCGCUGGCAUCUACAAUUCUCAUCUGAUUCACUAUUAUUCUUUAAUUGACCCACGUUUCCCCGCUAUAUGUUUAUUGAUAAAGCAUUGGGCAAUCACAAAUGGUAUCGGAGAUGCCGCCACUGGCUCUUUCAACAGCUACUCUCUCAUUCUUCUAGUCCUGCAUUACUUUCAGUGUGGUGUGCAGCCAGCAGUUCUACCAAAUUUGCAGCAUGUCUAUCCUGAUGUUUUCGGAUGCACCCCUCCGCUUGGAGAGUUGAAACUAUUUCAAACACUGCAACACUUGCCGCCUAGGCCGUUAAACACACAAACAGUGGGAGAACUUCUGGUUGGCUUCUUCCACUAUUAUGCCUCAUUCGACUUUGAGAAUGUCGCCAUAUCAAUGCGAAAUGCUUGUGUCUUCUCCAGAAGAGAGCUGAAACUCGAGACACUUGUUUUUCGAGUCUUCAUCGAGGAACCUUUUGACAGGAACAAUACAGCUAGAUGUGUCACAAAAUCAUAUGUAAUGGAACGUAUUCAAAGAGCAUUCCGACAAGCAAGAGAUGUCUUCUCAAAAUCUCCACCAUCACUUCAGAGGAUAAAGGUUACUGUUUAGUAUAUCAGGGGUAUCAUACAUAUUUGCACACAUUAUGGUGCAGUGUAGAUUCGAUUAGAUAGUUCUAAUGACAGUGUUCUCCUAUUAAUCUCUUACAACUGGAUACGACAUUUGCUCAGUAAGCCUGUGUAACUAUGGUCCGAAAGUUCGCACGGGUCAGAAAGCGAAACUCGUAUAGUUGUUCUUGCCUGCUUGGAAUUCAAGAGAAGGGAACGUGGAUAUGGAACAAUUCCAUUUGUUAAUUCUCUUUCACUACCACAUCUGCAUGUUCUUGUUUUCUAGCAGGAAAUCUAAUUUCACAGCUUUCACGUUCUUUGUUUGCAUUGAUACUUGUUGAUUUCUUUGUUAGUCACUUGAAUAAAAUCAUAAACAAUC